GUCUGAAAAGGUCCUGAAAGAAAACAAAACUUGUUCACAGCUGUGAAUCUCUAGUCCGAGACGAGUUAAUGUUAAAAACCUACAGCUGCUCUGGAUUCUUAUAUCUUCCGGAGCUCGUAAGAUCCAACUCAGGCUUAGUCGCACUCUCGGCAGCCUCUCACCGCUCGCUACCACCCUCGGCACCGCCCGCCCCCGUUGCCAUGGCUGGGCCGGGAGCGUCGGCAUCACAAGGCUGCAGGGCCGCCUCGCUCUGCUCGGGAUGGGGGCUCCGCGCUGCUGCUUUUCAGUUGAAAUGAAAGUGUUGCCUCAAGAAAUCAUUCAAAGCCCACCAUGGCAUCCCAGGUUUGAAGAACCGACGAAUUGCCCACCAUUAGGUUUUGCCAGGAUUCACUUGAUCAAAGACAAAGAUGGCAUAGAUGAUUAUUUGGCGAAGAAUAUCAAAGGGUUGUCAAAACAAGAAGCUGCGGCUAACAGGAAUUCAUACAAGGAGAACAUCUGCAUAGACAUGCUGCGACAGGGUUAUCACAAGUCCUUCUCCGAGCUCUUCACUCUGAUACACAAGUGGAAUGCCUUGAGGGAGGCUGCAGGGCCUGGGUCAGCCAUAUGGCAGCGGCAGUCCCUGGAGGAGCAGCCUGAUAAGCUGGAUCAGCUUUACCACUUCCUGACCAGGGCUGAGGCAGCCCAGCGAGCAGGGCGCUCUGAGGAAGUUUAUGAUAACCAGCUUAACGUGGCCUACUGCUUCAAUGACUCUGAGGAGAAACAGUUAAGGAAUUACUUUUAUGAACAAUGCUUUAACACUGCUCAACUAAUAAAAACUGAUGGUGGGAAAAGACAAGCGCAAGCACAUGCAUGUAUGGGCCUUAUCAAUGAGGAACAAGGUCAUGUCGUGAAGGCUGCUGAGCAUUAUGAAGCAUUUUACCAGCUAACAGAAGGUUCAACAUGGAAGGAUGAGACAGGCCACACUUACAAUUCACUGGCAUGUGAGCAUCUUUGGAGAAUUUAUAUAUUACAAGCAGACAAAAUGCUAGAAAACAAAGAACGACAGCAGGCCAUCAAAACAUUAAUAAAAGCUAUCAGAAUGGCAAAAAUGGGAGGUGAUAAGAAGAUGGAAGGAGAAGCUGCAUAUUGCUUAAGUUUAGUGUAUCAUUUUGCUGGAGAAGAGAAGACAGCAUUAUCAAUUUUGAACACAUCUAUAAAAAUCUUCACAGCACUGUGUGAUUCUGCAGGCCUAAGAAGAGCAUAUGAAGCUAUAGACAAGAUCCUGGUAAGUCAGGGAAAAGUGGCUGAAAGUCUUACGCGCUUGGAAGAAUUUAAGAAGGUUGCUGAGAAUGCUCAUCUAAGCCAAAGUGUGGUGGAUGCAUGUGUAUUGAUCGGGAACAUUUACAAUGAAGGAGGGAAUUACGACAAAGCUUUUGAAUAUUUCACUCAGGCUUUUGAGGCAGCAAACACUUUAAAUAAUUUGUCCUUAGCUAAUGAAACAAGGACUUAUUGUGGCAUUGCAAUGGCUCAUAAGCUGAUGGUGGCAUUUAACAGCCAUAUAGAAGCAGAAGAUCCCAUCAGCCUCAAGUACUUGCUGGCAUGGAAGGAGAACAGAAGCGACAUGUGCACUGACCCUCUCACAGUCGAGCUCGAUAGAGAAACAAGCCCAUGUGAGCCUCCUCCAGAAACAAGCCCCUGUGAAUCUCUUCCAGAGGCCCAAAUUCUAGAUCAUUCCUGAAAACACCUUUACUUACAGCAAAGCUGGUAGAUGAACGUCAUGAGUUCAGGAAGAUCUCCGGAAAUUUGGGCAACGAAGUAAGAACACUGGUGGAAGUUUUAUUGUUUAAGUAGGAGCACGUUGUUGCAAUAUAAAUAUCUGUUAGCUCUAAGUCCUUAUAUGACCGAUGUGUUAUGUGUGGCUCCACGUAUAUAUAAAAAAUAGCUACUGUCAUUGAAAUAAAUGCAAAAGGAAAAAGUAA